CACGUGAUGCCGCGCGCACGUGAUGCCGCGCGCACUAACAAGCAUAAGGCCCAAUGCUAGAAUUAGCUCUUUAAUUAUGAUCAAGAAACACUUGCAAUACAACCAAAACUAACAUCAACAGAGAUUUAAGUGGAAAGAAUACCAAAUAUAACCCUUUGCCUUCACAGCCCCAAAACAGUUACAAUGGAAAUGUAACUAUAAACAGCAAAGCAACAGAAUACCCUGCAGUCACAGUUCAACUGCAAUCUGGUAAUCACUUUUAGCUUAAUUAACCAACAGGAUUGAUUUCAUCGGCCUCAGGAAGAUGGUCUCUAGCAUUUGAUCUUUGAAUACCCUACUACCCCAAUGGAUUACCUUCAUCAGACAGAUGGAGGAGCAAAUACCUACAUCUGCACAGAAUGUGGAGAUGGGUUCAGGGUCUACUCUGCUUUGUUAAGCCAUUUGACUAUUCAUGGGCCCUUGGAUUCAUUUUCCUUAGAUGGGUCCUUCAAUGGGUUUGAUGUUGCCCGUGAAUAUAUGCUCCAUGACAAUGGCACACUUACAGUGGUUGACAGAUCUGGGCAAACCAACGGCUCUUCUAACUGUAAACCGGUAUCUCCGAUUCUUGAAAAUCCCAUCCCGUCUGAACCAGUUUACUCCUUUAAAUCAAAGAUCAAAGAGAGGGUCACUUCAAAGCCUCCUAUUGACAACUCAACCCCUAAAACGUAUGGCUGCGAAACAUGCAGUGAAUCAUUCAGCAGUCUGCGUAGUCUACAACAACAUCAGCAAUAUCGAAAGACAGAGGAGGGUCACAAGUGUACCUUGUGUUGCAAAGUAUUUUCUGAUAGAGAAAAGCUGAAGGGACACUUAGUGGAGCAUGCCCAUGAGCGAUUUUACUGCUGUGGUCACUGUGGGAAACGGUUCCUGAAACUGGAGGGUUUCUAUGUCCAUCAGAAAGAGCAGCAUAAAUCACCAGGGUCUAAGUCAGUGAACAAGUCAGACAGAAAUCAAGGAAACAGUGCCGAGAAGACUUACUCUUGCAAGAAAUGCAAUUUGCACUUUUUCUGGCUCUCGGACUUGCAGAGCCAUUCACUCAGCCACUGCAAAGAAUUCACUAGAAAAGAAUUUUCCAAGCCCCCUACACCAGGUGACAAAGUGCAGCCUCUGUUAAACAAGACAUCUCACAACAGUCUGAACAACAAUAUAUCUAUCAAUCUUAAGACCGAAGGCGACAUGGCAUCAGAGACUCAAUCGUGUUUUAGACCUUACAGAUGUGGUUUGUGUGGCGACCGUUUCCAACAGUUGGCCAAUUUAAAACUGCAUCAUUACUCCCAUCAAUCAAAACGUGAUAUUGAUCAAACUCUGCCAAAGGGGAAAAAGCCCACUGUCGCAUCACCUUCAAAGGGUAGAGGUAGGCCCGCACAUAUCAAAAGACCCCCUGGUUCGAAAUCGCAUCCUUGCAAAUAUUGCCACCGGGUGUUCAAUCACUCCAGUAGUCUUUCUCGGCACAUGAGAUACCACAAAGGAACUCUUCACACUUGUGUGUUCUGUGGGAGACAUUUUCCCCAACGAUGUGAUGUCAGGAGGCACAUAGCCAUGUAUCACAAAAAGGAACUUGAGAAGAAGCCUGGGUUGAAAUACCUUGCAUUGCACACCAAGCCAGAAGCUGAUGCUGAAACUUUGAUAAAGUCAACUGAACACAAAUUUAAAAGGUAUUCUGACGUUGCAGAACUAGUUGGCGAUGAUGAGCGAAGGACAAAGCAACAGUCUAAAGCUUCUAAGCCAAGGGUCACCUACAAGUGUCAAGAAUGUGGGAAAAAGUUUGGUCUGCAAUGCGUUUACCAAAGGCACUUGCGAUAUCAUAAAAGGCAACCAACAAGUACAAUGUUUAAGUGCCCUCAAUGCCCUAGUUUCUUCAAGCAAGCGACUGCUCUAAAGCGGCAUCUUGACAAUCACCCAAUUCAUUUGGAAGUAUUCACAGAUGAACAGAGGUCUCGAACGGGUUUCAGUCAGGACCCUGACCUAAAACAAGACGAUACGGCGGCUUUGGAGGAUGACGAAACUAUUGAGGACGUCGGGGGUGAUCUAGCGUCUUCAGUUCUUUAUGAAUGCACAGAGUGCACAGAGACAUUUUCUUGUUUGCAAAGGUUUCUACAGCACCAGACUUCUCAUGGGUCAGAUAACAUUAAGUAGUUAAGCGGUGUAUCAGAUAUUUAAGUUUUUUCUUAUUAAAGUCAGUUUUAGCUGGCACUUCCCAAUGGUCAGAUUGUGUUGCAGUCCUAAUUGUAUGACAGCGUUAUUGACUGAACUGUGACAGAAAAUGAGUGACAACUGUAAUUUCAUGUAGUCACCCUGAAUCAAAUACGAUCCCAAGUCUAGGUAUGUUACCCCAAUGUAUGAAUAGAGAAAUUAUUAAAGCUUUCUUUUCCUUUUUUAAAGGAUCACUUGAAAGGAUAAUGUGCCUACUUUUAUUGUGUGGAUAAUUUGUAUGUAAUCCCAAGCCAGUCACUGACAGGAAGGUGACCUUUUGUCAUUUGUGUUUCUCUGGCAAACUUUUCCUCUUCUGUUCUUCAAAUCAUGUUGUUAAACAUAGAACAAUACAGUGUUUAAAGGAAGCAACAAACACUAAAUUAUAAUUAUUUUUGUAUUUUUUCGUAAGAAAUUACUGUUGACAAAUUAUCAUUUUAAUUUAAAAAAUCUUAACAUUGACAGCUAGAUACAUUUGAUGUCCACCAGGUGUCAUUACUCAAGUCACUAAACUGGUCAGUUUUCUAUCUUGGACUACUUAUUGAGUGACCAUGGACAAAGCAUGUGGGUAAUCUUACAAAGAGUGUAACUUGCCAUCCUUUUCUGUAUAUGGAGUCCCAGUACCCAAGAUCCAGUCAUGUUAAGAAUGGCCCUAAAGGAACAGAAUGGAAGAAACUUUAUGUUGGAGUUAUCAUUGUAUGCUUUUUGGGACCAUCAUGGCUUCAGCACAGUUGUCAUCAAGCAGACUCUGUAUUCAUCCUGAGACCAUCCUUUUGAACAACUCAAAGGCGUGUCUGUGGCCAAAUGUCUUGGCUCUGUUCUUUGGGUGACGCGACUGCUUCAGCCUUCUCACUUCAAUUCAAAGUAUUAAAGGCCGAUUUAUACUUCUCGGACUCCGUUACGGACAGACGCACGCACUGAGUC